UGUCUAUUGUUCUAAUAUCCACACUCGGAACGAGUCAGAAAGUCAAGUCCAUGUGCUUUGAGUAGGAAUAAUUGAGCACGAGCCUGGUUCAUCUGAAGUCAAGUCAGCCAUGUAAGGAGGGCCUAACAAGUAACAAGGCUCCAAUAACAAUAUAGUCAAUAACCAUUUUCCCAAUACAAAAGGCUGUGUGAAAACAAGUUGGCUUUGUUGAAUUGAGCAUGUAUAAAUUUGUUGUAUUGGUUUUCAUACUUGUGGUGGCCGCAGCCACCGGAGAGAGAAGAGAAUGUCCAGCUUCAUUCAAUUGUGGAGAUAAUAUUGGGAACUUCAGCUUCCCUCUCACUACAGCAGAGCGUCAGGAGUGUGGCCUUUUGGCCAUAAACAAUUGUUAUGAGCCAGCGCAGGUGGAUAGAUGGGUGCAACUAAGUGAUGAAGGCAAAACAUUUUUAGUUAUACGUGUAUCUCAACAGAAUUUUACUAGUAUUCAAUUCAGAGAUAAGGACUUAUACGAUCUUCUGCAAUCAAGAAAUUGUAAUGCCUUCAGAUAUAACUAUACUCUUUCUACUCCUCCCACCUUUCAUCAUUUUGCUUCCCUUUAUAUGGAAUACAAUACAACCCUCUACACAUGCAACCGUACCCUCCAUUUCCCCCCAACUAGGAACAUGUUCAGUUAUGCAAAUUGCACUGGCAUCGAUAUCUACUACGGCCUUUUCAUGCGCACACCACAAAUUCAGAGUUCGUUGGCCUCAUGCACAAAGGUCUUGCUUCCAAUCAAAGAUGUUCCUGAUGGCAAUGAUCCCUUCACAUUCGUAAAUGCUGAUAUCAAUGCUAAGGUCAUUUUGUCGCAAGAAUGCACAGACUGUCACUAUAAGCAAAGAGGCCAGUGCCAACUUGACAGCAAAAGCAAAUUUUGUUGUGCCAACGUUAGGCACACGGAAAACACAAGCACAAGUAGUAGAAGUUGGGUUGUCAUGAAUAUGAGACUAGCACUUGGACUGGCAGCUUUAUCCAUUGUUGCUGCGUUGCUGUUGCUUUCGGUUUGCUGCUUAAGGAGAAAGCUUUUCACCCUUACUAUAUGUUGCUUUUGGAAUAAAACUCGAUCAACCGGUGAAAUAAUCAUUGAAUCCUUUUUGAAGCAACAUGGUUCUCUUCCAACCAGACGGUACAAAUAUUCUGAGAUAAAGAAAUUCACUGAUGAUUUCAAAGUCAAAUUGGGACGGGGAGGAUAUGGCACCGUGUAUAAAGGAAAGCUACAAGAUGGGAGUCUUAUUGCUGUUAAGGUUUUAAGUGAAGUGAAGGGAACUGCAGAGGAAUUCAUCAAUGAAGUUGCAAGUAUUAGUAGGACAUCUCAUGUUAACAUUGUUAGUCUUGUGGGAUUUUGUUUUCAAGGUUCCAAAAGAGCUCUAAUCUAUGAAUUUAUGCCUAAUGGAUCCCUUGAAAAGUUCAUAUGUGAGGAAAAUUCAACUACAGUUGGUCACCAAUUGGAUUCCAGAAGUCUCUAUGACAUUGCAGUUGGUGUAGCGCGUGGAUUAAAUUAUUUGCAUCGAGGCUGCAAUACCAGAAUCUUGCAUUUUGACAUAAAGCCUCAUAACAUACUACUCGACAAGGAUUUUUGUCCAAAGAUUUCAGAUUUUGGACUCGCCAAGAUAUGUCCAAGAAAAGAGAGUAUUGUUUCCAUGUCGUGUGCAAGAGGAACUAUUGGAUUUAUUGCUCCAGAGUUGUUUUCAAGGAAUUUUGGUGGAAUAUCUCACAAGGCAGAUGUUUAUAGUUAUGGAAUGAUGGUUUUAGAAAUGGUUGGAGGAAGAAACAAUAAAAAUGUGGAAGUUGAUCGUUCUAGUGAGCUGUAUUUUCCACAUUGGAUUUACAAGCGACUUGAACUAGAUGAGGAGUUAGGAUUGCGGUGUAUCAAGAAGGAAAGCGAUAGGGAAAUAGUGAGAAAGAUGACAUUGGUGAGCUUGUGGUGCAUACAGACUAAUCCUUUGUACCGUCCGUCAAUGAGUAAGGUGGUGGAGAUGCUUGAAGGAAGCUUGGAAUCAUUUGAAUUGCCGCCUAGGCCCUUUUUCAGUUCUUCUCCAACAUCGCCAAUUAAUUACUCAAGUCAUACAUCUGAAAGUUUGUAGAAAUUGUUUUACCUUCUCUAGUCUUAUAUCAGUAAUAGUUAAUUGUGCAACCUAAUUAAUAUAUAACUACUGAUUAUUUCUGCCUGCA